AAAUCCAACUCUCCUAUAGAGAUAGUUUGAGGGACCUUAGGUAUGCAAUGACAUGCACUAUGCAAUGACACGUACUACGCGAUAUCAGAACCACACUCUGCUGAAAUUUUCUUCCUUCUACACUAUUGUCUCUCUAUUCUGACUUAGACAUUGAAAAAUUCUCCACCGGAAACUCUCUGGCAAAGAAACUUCUUGCAAGCUGUCCUCAGAGGAGACUAGCGUCUAACACCUCAACCAGCCUGCUCAACUCAUCUCCAGCCGAUCUUAGGAUCGUUCGAACUACACUCUGACCUUGGUUAAGAUUCGACGGCAAUAUAUUGAAUACUUAUACAUGACCAAGGAAACCAAAAAUUACCUUCUUAGCUAACUUUUUUUUUUAUAUGAGGUCCUGGAUUAUUAGAAUGGCAUCAUAGUAGAUCCUACUCAUGAUCUACGUGGACUAGAAGAUCCUGUAGCAAAGAUCCAUUUAGAUUGACCACAAUCGUGGUGUCCAUGAAAAAAAGUGGAAGAGUAUCAGAAUAAUAAAAAAAAUGGCUUGAUUAGCUUGAGUGAAAAAUAAUAAAAAGUAUUAUACCAAAACUCAUGAAGGAAACACGAAUUCUAGUCAUGCUAGCACUACAUGAAUCCUCAAUAUAUUUACUAGCUAGCUAAUGAUUAAAUAUAUGAAACACUAAGUGCUUUAAAAAAAAAAAACGCUGUAAAGUAAGAUAUCUCUUAUACAUCUAUGAUCUGGUCUAUCAACUCUUGUCAACUCACCAUUUUCUUAAUUUUUUUUUUUGGUGAAAACCAUUUUCUUAGUUCAGUCAGUCAACUCACCACUAAGAGCUAAUCCCCAGUUCAGUUCCGAGCCAGGUUUUCGAUCUACUUAUUUUUCAGACGAAGUAUGGCAUCUCUCGAGCGGCCCAACCGGCGGAUUUCAUUGGACGAGGAGUUCGAGAAAAUAAAGAAACUAACCGUUUAUACAUAAAGUCUCCGCCCCCCUUUCUAAAACUGGAAGCAACCGGACUUUUAAAAUCGUGCAGAAUGCAGAGGGAAAUCAAAGAGAUCCAAAUGCUUCUCAAUGAAUGCAUUACCACGUGGAGAGGGCCACAAUCCCUAUAAAAAUUUCCCCCCUUUCCCCAGUUUCCUGACCAACCCCAUCUCCGUCUCUUCUCCCAAAACUCCAUCAAAACACAGGCCAUAAAAAGAGAGGCUUUCUUCUCCAUCUAAAAAGAACUUUCUUUUCCUCUUCCUCACGCUAAAAGACUCGAGCAUAAAUCCCUCAAAUCACUCUAGCGCUCCAAGUUCACCUUCUUCCAUUGUAUCAAACAAAGACUUGGACGGAGAGAGGAGAGAUGGGCAGCAUGGAUGACUACCCUCGCAAACCAAUCCAACAGCAAAGCUCGACGAAAUCGAAGCUCAAGAUUCUGCUACUACUAGUAUUUACCAGCUUGUUCUCCAUCUACCUUUUCUCAGGCUCCUCCUUCAACGUCGACUGGUCAGCGCACACCCCCCGAAUCCACCUCUGGGACUCGGAAGCACUCCUCCGAGAGCUCAACUCCACCCAGUCCAGACUGUCCAUGAGCCAAGCCCAGGUUACCGAGCUUUACAGGCGGCUCGCCACCUCUAAUGCUCUCUUGGAGACCCUCCUCGCCGAGCUCGGCCGAGCCAACCGCAACAAUGCCCCACAAGAGGACUUGGAUGGAUGGCUGAAGGAGCUCACCGGGGAGCUCAAGCUCGCUGUGGGGCCUCACAAGCUCCCACUCGGCGAAUCGGCCAACAUCCGCUCCGACGAGCUCUACCCAACUCUCGGCACCGCUUGCCGCCGCUUCCAGGAUGAGCUCAUCCGGUACAUGAGCUACGAGGUCGGCGGCGAGUGCCCCUCCGACGACAACCUCGCCCAGCGAUUGUUGCUCAAAGGGUGCGAGCCCCUGCCACGUCGCCGUUGCCACCCCAAGUCCCCUGUCGGCUACGCCGAGCCCACCACCUUCCCCGCCAGCCUCUGGACAAUCCCGCCGGACACCAGCGUCGUCUGGGAUCCAUACACCUGCAAGAACUACGCCUGCCUGGUCCAUCGAAGGCACGUGAGAGGGUCCUUCGAUUGCAAGGACUGCUUCGACCUGGACGGGCGGGAGAAAGGCCGCUGGCUCCGAAGCUACGGGGAGCUCGACUACGCGAUCGACGAGAUCCUCGGAACCAAGUCGCCGGGCACGAUCCGCAUCGGCCUCGACAUCGGCGGGGGCACCGGCACGUUCGCGGCCAGGAUGAGGGAGCGCAACGUGACCAUCGUCACGAGCACCAUGAACUUCGACGGGCCCUUCAACAACUUCAUCGCCUCGAGGGGGCUCGUCCCGGUGCACAUCAGCAUCGCCCACCGGCUCCCCUUCUUCGACAACACGCUCGACAUGGUUCACUCCAUGCACGUCCUCAGCAACUGGAUCCCGGAUGUCGUGCUGGAGUUCGCGCUCUACGACAUCUACCGGGUGCUCAGGCCUGGUGGCCUCUUUUGGCUCGAUCACUUCUUCUGUCUCGGGACGCAGCUGAACACUACGUACGCUCCCAUGUUCGACCGGAUCGCGUUCAACAAGCUCAGGUGGAAUGCCGGCCGAAAGCUGGAUCGGGGGAUCGAGAAGAACGAGUGGUACCUCUCUGCACUACUGGAGAAACCCAUGACUUGACGGCCAAAUGCAAACAAUCAGAUAUGCAGGUAAUGGGGAAUGUUUCAGAGUGCUAGCAACAAUGAGAGCUGCCUGCUCGGCCUGCUCAAACCUCGCAGGCAGCGUAUCUUUGAUACAUGUCAUCCAAGGAAGGAUAUGGAUAUUGAGAAUUUGAAUUUGGUGUUGUUUAGGCCCUAUCAUGUUAUUGUUCAUUUCAUUCUUGUGCUAUAAGAAUAUAGAUCCAGUCAAGUACAGUAGCAACUGGCUCGAUACUAGAUUUGCAAUGUUUGUAACGAAGCUGUUUCUGACCUUGGUCCAGAAGAAAAAAAAAUAGAAAAGAGAAAACAAAUCAUUGUUC